CCCAAAGAAAUAAAUGGAAGAGAAGAAAAAAAAAAUCAGAUGGUUAAGCCAUGUUGAUCAAAUACCCAAAAUUUGAAAUCACUUCACCACCAUGGGACAAUUAAGAUUCGAGUAUAAAAUAUCCCUGACUUAUUCAUUUAUACCAAAUUCUCUUUUUUUGACAGGUGGAAAUUCAACGACUUUUACUAUUUUAAAUCAGUGUGAUUACACGGUGUGGCCGGGACUUUUGUCCGGCGCCGGCACAUCACAGCUCUCCACUACCGGCUUCGUUCUUGAGAAAGGACAGUCCAACCCCAUCACCAUCCCGCCGGGGUGGUCCGGCCGCAUUUGGGGCCGCACUUAUUGCUCCCAUGAUGCCACCGGCAGAUUCACUUGCGCCACUGCCGACUGCGGCUCCGGCACUGUUGAAUGCAACGGUAAGGGUGCUGUCCCGCCCGCCACCCUUGCCGAGUUCACUCUCAAUGGUGCGAAUGGGCUCGAUUUCUACGAUGUCAGCCUCGUCGAUGGCUACAAUGUGCCCAUGUUAAUCACCCCACAAGAUGGAACAGGUGGGGGAAAUUGCACAACAACUGGAUGUGCAACAGAUUUAAACAGCGAAUGUCCGUCAGAACUAAGAGUGGCAGCGAGCGACGGAAAUGAAAAAAGUGUAGCGUGUAAAAGCGCAUGUGAGGCUUUUGGUGACGCACAAUACUGUUGUAGUGGUGAAUAUGGUAGUCCAAAUACUUGUGGACCGUCAUCUUAUUCACAGUUCUUCAAAUCCUCAUGUCCACAAGCUUAUAGCUAUGCCUACGACGACGGUACCAGCACAUUCACUUGCACUGCCGCCAAUUACCUCAUCACCUUUUGUCCCCUUUCAGAUAGGUGA